CGAUUAGCAGACUUAGCUUCUCGAUCACAGAAUGGAGCUGGUGACUCCUCAGGAAUUCCUUCUUCACUAUUAUCGAAAUUAGGAGGUACUGAAGGUGGUGAAGGUCAAGAAGAUGCUGCUAAGAUGGCUCAGAAAGAGGAAAUGAGGAGGACGGCUGUUAGUCAAAUCAUGAAUACCGAUGCCCGUGAAAGACUGGCACGAAUCGCACUUGUUAGACCACAAAAAGCUAGAGAGAUUGAAGAUAUGCUACUAAGGAUGGCACAGAGUGGUCAAUUGAGAGGACAAGUUUCUGAGGAUCAAUUGAUUGGAGUUUUAGAUCAAAUCGAACGGGCUGAAGCUGGUGGCACUCGUGGUGGUCAAGCAGUUACGACAGUCAAGAAAAUCACUGUCAGCCCUUCUUUUUUUGGUCAUUUUUACACUCCAUGGUAUCUUUUAACUGAUGAAAUCUGA